ACAUUAGACAUUGUUAAAAUGUAGGGGUAGUUUGAAGUAUAACGUUGUAACACAUUUGUGACCCUGUUUGAAGGUCUAGUUUGGACUGUCUAUUUUUCUUAAACUCCUUUUGCACUACUAAUAGUUGUUGUAAAUUACUUCAUCAAGGAAUUUUACUCUUGUUUUUCCUGAAGCUCCUAUACUUCUACUAGGACUCAACAAAAAUGGCUUCGGUUGAUGGUGUCGACAAAAGUGAACUUAAGCAAGAGUCGGAAAAAGUUCAUGCCAAAUACCCUGGUUUGAUUAAUAAUGCAUCAUCGUUGCUACAUCGACGGCUAAGUAAAAAUGUGAAAUAUUUCGAUUCUGGCGACUAUAACAUGGCUAAGUCGAGGCCAGUAGUAAAGGAUUCCUUUCCCUCAGGUAGUUUGGAUUCACCGACGGGGGAUACUAUUCCAACUGUGGACAAUAUAUCUGUACUACGGAGUAAAAGUAUUUCAUUACAAAACAAUACUACUAUAUUACCACAAUCAACAACAGCAUGUACAACACCAACAAGUAACUCAACUGCCACAACUACAUGCCGUUAUAUAACUAUACCAGCUCGUACACAAGUUGCUAAAUAAUCGUUUGUAAAUCUACAUGCCGAUUGUUAAUAUCUCAUCGCUCCAUAUUUGAUUAAACUUGGUUACGUAGUCUUUCAUAUGAUUGAUAACGAGAAUUUCGAUAUUUAUAACCACGCUAAAGGAUUAUCAUGUUGAUAAUAAUGACGCUACCAAUAAUGCAAUUCUCUUCCAUGUAUAAUUCAGCUUCCAUAAUAUGCUUUAUAAAUUAUUUUUGCAUUCGUAAUAUACUUGAAUUUUUAAAACUUGUGGUACUAGAUAGUUAUUUUAUGUUUUAAUCGAAUCGUCUUGUUUACAUGUAAUUGCUGUAAUGAAAUUGACACUUAUACAAUAGAUUUCCAUCAAGGUCGUUGCUGA